GUUUAAUCUUGAUCAUGGUUCGCUCGGUGGUCAAAGGAUUGUUGCACAAAUGCUCGUUUUGUUUUCUUCUAUUCAGACAUGGAAAGAGGCGGGUCAAGUUCUUCGAAUGUUUGCCAGAGAUUAAACUUAAAAAGAGAGUACCAUUUGAGUAUGUAGUCGAGGUAAUGGAAGGUAGCAACUUGGGAAGCCAAUGGUUCUGUCUGGGUACUGUGCAGACAUUCGUUACAUACUAUCCCCACAUCUACUACCACGAACUAAAGAUGUUUGUAUAGUCCAAGAUACUUUAGUUCCCAGUCUUUCCAGUCACAGUUCCCAAAGAAUAAGCUGAUGGUACUUUCAAAUGAAAACAGAGGAGCUUCA